CGAGGGGUUGCAAGAAGAACCACCAUACUGCUUUCACUCUAGACUAUCGUGGAGCGAGGGACUAAUGCGAGGUACAGUUACUUUGCUUUCCUGGCGGUUCUUGCGGUUCUUGCGCAAUGACUCGUGUAGUCGACAACCUAGACCCGACGAGGAUGGGUGAGGGGAUGAGGCGAUCAAACCGCAGGCGAUCAAACUCCUCUAUCCGAUGCGACCUUCAUAGAAAUCGGGCGUUUGCGAUGGAGUCGUUUCUCGAGGUUGAAUUAAGGGCUGGCUUGAAGGCUGGAUCCAGGGUCUCUGGUUGCCUUUUUCUACCACGGCGAGGGGCAAUUGUCAUUUCAGGGUCCAUUUUGGCGCAUGUGGAGUUUGCAGGGCGGUUUCACGGGCACAGGCCCAUCUCCCGAGGGCCCACGGUUCGCGAUGCGCUGAGCCACGAGGCGAUGACGACGACAUCAGCUGUGAUAGACGGCAUUCGAACUGUUAUUACGAGUUUCCUUGCGCUGCGCCUCCUCCAUCUGAGCAACGAGACGAUUAUUGUACUAGCUAUCUAGAUCCUGUAUGGACGACCUCGAAUGGGCAAUGCACUACACAGGACAAUUUAAAACAACAAUUAUUGGCAUUUGGCACGGCCUGCGAUCGCCUGCGGCUCCGUAGCGCGAAAUCGCGAU